AUGGAUUGCCUGCUGCUCUUCCUGGGGACCGCGCCCGCGCUGGCUGGCAGCGGCGGCGGCGCCCGGCGCCCCCUCGGCCUCCCCUGGCUGGGCAGCCUCGCCAAGAGCCUGCAGCUGUGCUGCCUCUGCUGCGUCUCCCUGGCGGCGGCCCUAACCGGCGACGGCAGCAGCAUCCGCGGAUCCAGCCACGAUUACAUCUUUGUCACUCCCAUCGAGGUAGACUCCACUGGAGCAUACAUUUCGCACAAUGUUUUGCACAGUGCUAGGAGGAAGAGAUCAACCCCAAGCCUGAAGAGUUCCUUGCACUACAGAUUUUCAGCAUUUGGACAGGAACUGCACUUGGAGCUCAAGCCUUCUGUCUUCCUUGGCAACCAUUUGACUGUCCAGGUGCUUGGGAAAGAUGGUAUCACAGACUCUCAGGAACAUGAAGUUGAACAGUGUUUCUAUCAGGGAUUUAUAAGGAACUAUAGCUCUUCUUCGGUUGCCAUAUCUACAUGCGUAGGCUUGUCAGGUUUGAUAAGGACACAGGAGAAUGACUUCCUUAUAUCUCCAUUACCUCAACACCUAGCACAGGAACACCACUACAUGCCACCUGCUGGACACCACCCUCACGUAUUGUACAAACGGACAGCCGAAGAGAAGGUUCACCGGUACAAAGUACAUUCCAAUCCCCAUCACUUUCCCCCUGGCCAUCACAGAGCUCACACUGCCCACAAGUAUCACGCUCAAGCUAAUGGUUACCAUCACGGAAGGUUUCAAAAGCAGCAUUUUUGUGGACGUCGCAAGAAAUACGCACCUAAGCCACCCGCAGAAGAUCUGCUCAUCCUAUCUGAUGAGUAUGGGAGCUCUGCAAGGUCCAGGAGAUCCCCCAUUAAAAGUCAGAAGGGUGGAAGUCUGAACGUGGAAACCCUGGUUGUGGCAGACAAAAAAAUGCUUGAGAAGCACAGCAAGGAGAAUGUGACCACAUAUAUCUUAACAGUGAUGAACAUGGUAUCCAGUCUUUUCAAGGAUGGUACAAUUGGAAGUGACAUCAAUAUCAUAGUUGUGAGCCUUCUUCUUUUGGAGCAGGAACCUGGUGGACUUGUGAUCAACCAUCAUGCAGACCAGUCAUUAAACAGUUUCUGUCAGUGGCAAUCUGCUCUGGUCGGAAAGAACGGGAAGAGGCACGACCAUGCCAUCUUGCUGACUGGCUUUGAUAUCUGCUCCUGGAAGAAUGAACCAUGUGACACUUUGGGUUUUGCUCCAAUCAGUGGAAUGUGCAGUAAAUACCGUAGUUGUACCAUCAAUGAAGACACUGGCCUCGGUUUGGCAUUUACUAUUGCUCAUGAAUCUGGACACAAUUUUGGCAUGAUUCAUGAUGGAGAAGGGAACCCCUGCAGAAAAGCUGAAGGCAACAUUAUGUCGCCCACUCUCACGGGGAACAAUGGAGUGUUUUCGUGGUCUGUGUGCAGCCGUCAGUAUCUUAACAAAUUUCUCAGCACUGCUCAAGCAGCUUGCCUGAUAGAUGAACCCAAGCAAGUUGGACAGUACAAAUACCCUGACAAACUCCCAGGACAGAUCUAUGAUGCUGACACACAGUGCAAAUGGCAAUUUGGAGCAAAAGCAAAACUCUGCAACCUGAGUUUCGUGAAGGAUAUAUGCAAAUCGCUGUGGUGCCAUAAAGUAGGUCAUCGAUGUGAGACAAAGUUUAUGCCCGCGGCAGAAGGGACCCCUUGUGGAAUAAGCAUGUGGUGUCGAAGAGGCCAGUGUGUGCAAUACGGAGACCACGGUCCCAAGCCGGUUAACGGCCAAUGGUCCAUAUGGUCCGAGUGGUCUGACUGCUCCAGAACCUGCGGAGCUGGAGUUAGGCACCAGGAAAGGCACUGCAAUAAUCCAAAGCCUCAGUAUGGUGGCAAGUUCUGUCAGGGCUCAAGUCGCAUUUAUCAGCUUUGCAAUAUUCAGCGUUGUGCAUCUAACAGCCCUGACUUCCGGGCCCAGCAGUGUGCAGAGUACAACAGCAAGCCUUUCCGCGGAUGGUACUACAAAUGGAAACCCUACACAAAAGUAGAAGAGGAAGAUCGCUGCAAACUCUAUUGCACAGCAGAAGAUUUUGACUUUUUCUUUGCAAUGUCCAACCGAGUGAAAGAUGGAACCCCAUGUUCCCCAUACACAGAUGAUGUCUGCAUUGAUGGGAUCUGUGAACGAGUAGGUUGUGACCAUCGGCUUGGAUCCAAAGCAGCUUUGGAUGCUUGUGGAGUUUGCAAAGGCGACAAUUCUACAUGCUUGUUCUUCUCGGGCCAUUAUUUGACCCAGCAUAAAGCUAAUGAUUAUUACCCAAUAGUUACAGUUCCAGCAGGAACUCACAGUAUUGAAAUCCAGGAACUGCAAACAUCAAGCAGCUACCUUGCAGUGCGCAACUUGAACAUGAAGUAUUACCUAACAAAAGACUGGAUGAUUGACUGGCCUGGAAAAUUCUAUUUUGCUGGGACAAUGUUUGACUAUCAGCGUUCUUUUAAUCAUCCAGAGAGGCUUUCUUCAGCUGGGCCGACUAAUGAGACACUUGUCUUUGAAAUCCUGCUGCAAGGAAAAAACCCGGGCAUCGCCUGGCAGUAUACCUUCUCUAAGAUGAACAAUGAGAACAAGAUAUUCACAAAAAGACACAGCUACUCCUGGGUAACAGUCCAGUCAGAUUGUUCCGUCUCAUGUGGAGGGGGACACCUGAUAGCAAAAGCUGUAUGUUUACAAGAUCAUCGUACCCAAGUCAAUUCCUCUUUCUGUGGCCCAAGGACAAAGCCCUUAACAGAAACAAAGAUAUGCAAUACGAGCCCUUGCCCAGCCUAUUGGUUAGCAGGUGAAUGGAGUGUUUGCAGCCAGCCCUGUGGUGGAGGACAGCAAAGCCGUCAGAUCCAGUGCGUCCAGAAAAAGGCUUUUCGGGAGGAGGAGAUUGUAGCCCAUGCUCUUUGCCCAGUAACUACUCCGGCACAAAUACAGGCAUGCAAUAGCCAAGACUGCCCACCCGAAUGGAGUCCUGGCCCAUGGUCUCAGUGUUCCAAGACGUGUGGAAGAGGCACUGCAAAACGUGAUGUUUCCUGCCAAAGUGGGGGGCCUUCCUCCCUGAAAAUCCUGCCGGACGUUAUGUGCAACAGUGAGGCAAAGCCAGAAACGCAGCAGACUUGUGUGUUGGGACGAUGCCCGAAAAAUGACCGGCUCCAAUGGGUUAUUUCUGCGUGGAGUGAGUGUUCUGCCACCUGUGGCCCAGGGGUGAAGCAGAGAGAAAUGCAAUGCAGUGAGAAGAGUGUCAGUGGCAAACUGAUCACUUUCCCACAGCGACGAUGUCGAAAUCUUAAGAGACCGAACAUUGACCUAGAAGAUGUAUGCAAUAUAGGUGCAUGUCCUCUGCAGCCUUUGUACAACAGGGUGUCAGGAUGGUAUUCUUCACCGUGGGGGCAGUGUACGGUUACCUGUGGUGGUGGAGUGCAAACACGGACAGUGCAGUGUCUUCGCCAGGGUCAGCCAGCUGUGGGCUGCCCCUCUCAUCAGAAGCCUGCAAUGUCAAGAGCCUGCAAUACCAACUUCUGCCUUGCUCCCGAGAAGAAAGAUGAUCCUUCCUGUGUGGACUUCUUCAGCUGGUGCCACCUGGUUCCCCAGCAUGGUGUCUGCAACCACAAGUUUUAUGGCAAGCAAUGCUGCAAGUCAUGCACAUGGAAGAAUUGA